CGAGUCAGACCAGGUGAAGGGUGCGUCGCGUCGCCCUUUAAUAGAGACGAUCAGCAGUGCGCGCGGAAACACGCGGAGUGUGAGAAGUGAUUGGUAUGCAGGGUAGCUGUUCCGCGACCCCCUAGGGCCGCCUACACCUGUAAACUAUGUCUCGGUGGUGGUGGUUUUACUGUUUUGGACUGCUGGUGGUAGCCAAACGCGCCCAUGCCGACUCUGAACAGGGGAGCUCGCGUCAGAAUAAAAGAGAGGCGGACUAUACCCUCGACGAGUCUUUCUGGAUCGAAGAGAGUCCUGCAGGUGAAGUAGAACGACUACUCCGAGAAUAUACACAGAACCAAGAAAUGGUAAGGAAUAUCGGCUCUCACUACUACCAGAUUAUCUACCCGGUGCAGUUACGCCAGCACAAGAAGAUGGGUAUCAGCACCAGGGAGGUAGGGUCGUCUAAGGUACGCAAUGCGAGGAGUACGCGAGGGCAAGGCGACCGAGGGGGUUACGGUAACAGGGAACGGCAAGGAAAGACUGGAAAACAUUUUCACCGCACCUCGCUUCUCAUCAAAGCCUUUAAUCACAAAUUCCGUCUGGAUCUUGAGCUCAAUACACAACUGAUUGCGCCGAAUAUAAUGCAAAAACACUACCUAGCUAAUGGCGCAGAGCAGGUUUCUAAACAAGACAUCGAGCAUUGCUAUUAUCAUGGGAAAGUGCAGGACUAUCCAGGAGCAACAGCAGCCUUUCACACUUGUAACGGAGUCAGUGGCGUGAUUCAUGUUGGAAACGAGACUUUUGUCAUUCAUCCCUUUUACGGGGGUGACCUUUCGCAGAAGCACCCACAUGUGAUCUUCGAAGCACGCACCAAGGCUAACAAGGGCUGCGCCACCACGGGGAUGCUCGAAUGGAGGCUCAAUCAUCAGGGGGUAAAAGUGCGAAUGAAACGCGAUAUCCGGGAAGUGACCAAAUAUAUUGAAACGGCUUUGGUGAUCGACAAAGCCAUGUUCGAAAAACGGAACGGUAGUACACGGAUAGAAGUGGUGCAUGAUUCAAUACAAGUAGCAAAUAUCGCGGAUUUAUAUUUUAGAACGUUAAACACUCGGGUGUCGGUAGUGUAUAUAGAAACGUGGCAAGGCGGAGACAAAGCUCAAAUAAACCGACACCUCGAUAUUGGCCACGCGUUAUCAAGCUUUAAUGAUUAUACUUCGAGAAAUUUAUUUACCGUCGACAAAGAUACAACGCAGCUAUUGACUGGGGAAAUAUUCGAUAGUGGAGAAGCUGGCAUAGCAGUUCCGGCAACCGUAUGCACCACUAAAUCCGUUGGAAUCAGCGUAGACAUUAAUACGUAUGAGCCACAUUUAUUAGCUGGUACAAUGGCUCAUAUGAUUGGACACAAUAUCGGAAUGGGCCACGAUGACGGACGUGAGGAGUGUUUCUGCAAAGAUUGGCACGGCUGCAUUAUGGCAAAGUCAAUAGUUGGGUUGGAUAAUGUACAGCCUUACAAAUUUAGUCAAUGUAGUAUGUCCGAUUACAUUGACCGUUUACGAACGGGUUCCGGACAGUGCCUUAUGAAUAAACCAAAUGAACUUCAGGAUCGUAGAACCUGUGGAAAUUAUGUGAUAGACGAAGGUGAAGAAUGUGACUGCGGAAGCAUCGAAAGCUGUCCAAGUGUUGAUCCUUGUUGCGAUCCUUUAACUUGUAAACUAAAAUCGGAAGCCAAAUGUGCCACAGGACCUUGCUGCGAAAAUUGCAAGUUAAAGGAAAAGGGCGUGAUAUGCAGAGAAGCAACAAAUGAAUGUGAUCUUCCGGAAUACUGCACGGGAGAUACCGGCGACUGCCCCAUAGAUAUCCAUAAGAAAAACGGCAGCCCCUGUGGUGGUGAAAAGGAUAAAGGAAAAUGCUUUAACGGCUUUUGUCCAACGUUUACGUCUCAGUGCGAGUUUGUUUGGGGAUAUGGAAGCAUAGGUGCGGCUCAAGAAUGCUUUAACAUCUUCAACUCAAAAGGUUCUAUACAUGGACAUUGUGGCAGGGACCCUCACGGAAACUACUUGAAAUGUAUACCGGAGAAUGUGCGUUGUGGCUCUUUACAAUGUCAAGGAGGCGGACGAUAUCCGGUUUUAGAACGUUCCGAUCAGCAGUUCUAUAGGACUAUUACGAAUGUGAAAAAUCAAGAGGUUGAGUGCAAGUCUAUUUUAAGGGAGAUAAGCGACGAAAAUGACACCAUACCACCUUACGGCCUAGUUCGUGACGGUACUCCGUGCGGAGAAAAUCUGAUUUGUUUGAACCAGUCAUGCAUAACUAUGUUUCCCUUUGUGGUUCAAGAUCGAUGUCCUACGAAUGAUCCGUCGUUAGAAUGCUCCGGGCAUGGUCACUGCACAAACGAGAAUAAAUGCUUUUGUGAAAUGGGGUACAAUGGAACGGAUUGCUCAAUCAUAGAAGACAUAACCCCCGCACCACCGCUCCCUGACCCACCGGUGGAAAUAUCCACCACAAAUUUGCAGGAACACAUGAAAAAGAAAGAAACCCCCUACGAGGACUAUCAUGGGUCCAACACUGUAUUUCUCGUGGGUACUCUCAUGUCGGUGGUAGGGGGGGUGUUCAUAGUAUUCGCCACAAUGGCCCUCUGCUACAGGUCAGUCGUAGUGCAUAACAACUUCUCGCUCUGCCUCAGGUUAGUGAGCAGAAACCCAUUCAGCCGACAUGAUUCACAACGAGUCCUGUUCCGACCUUCGAAUCACGUACCUACAGUACCUGGCCCAACGUACCCGGACCACAAAAUGACACACAUAAAGAGAAUCCCAGUUGGAACGGAGGAUAUCGAAGAAAUCGGAGGAGGCUUUUCUUCGGGGGAAGAGGAAAGACUAACAACAUCUUUCAUCCAAUUAUCAAAUAAUCACAAAAUUCCCGAAAAGAAAGGCAUUCUUAAAAAAUAUGACUACAGCAUGUUGGAUGACAAAGAGGGGUGGGGUGAUGGUAUACAGUCUGGAGAGAUUUUAAGGGCGGCAGAGCACAACAUGAUGCAAAGCUUCCUGGGCAAAUUUACAGGUUCCGCCGAAGUGGAGCGUACCUUGAAAACUUUAAACGGUUAUCACGAUGAUAUCCUCGAAGCCUUAAGAAAGGCUGCAUUGCAGCGAGGAAACUCGACUCCUUCUGGAAGUACGGCCGCCCUAAAUGAGGAAUUGAUUCGGAGAAGUUUAAAGCAAUGCCAGGAUAAUUAUGAAUAUCAAAGUAGGAGUGGCAGGGGGAGCAAAGAGAAUAUUUGCGCGGAACCGCAGAUUCACAAAGUAACUAUAGAACAUGAAGACGAGGACGACGAUGAUGGUCCGCCCGCCAUUGGAACAUUACGAAUUAGAAAUUUAGAAGAUUUAAUUCGACAAUUAGAGCACCAUUCGAGACAUAUGAGUCCCAGUGGUUCGGAGGACAUCAGAAUGUCUGAAACGGAGGCCGAUAGGCAUUAUCGGCAGGAAUCGUCAUCAGCAUGUAGUGAAAGUUCACAUCAAUCCCAUCGCGAUUCUCGAUUCGGAUACGGUCGAUAUCGCCAAAGUUCAGCGCGCCUUCUUCAUCCAUUUCGCAAGCCAGAAGAAGAGGGAAUAUACGAGUCGGCAGACCACGAACGGAAUAAUACGGGCCUGCAAGAUACUCCAGAUAGUGAAAGUGAUGAAUUUAUUCAAGCUCAACAGCAGUUGGCUCGGUGGGCCAGCGAGGACACCGUAGGCGGUCACCCAGGGGUGUUAGGAGGUACAGGAGGAACAACGGUUGGGCCUCCUCCACGGGAGUACUUUCCUUCACCCACUAGUUCUACAAGCGAAGAACCGCCAAGCAUAGCCAGGGCACCAGCUCCAGGGCCACCGCAACCCCCGCCCCCUCAUCCGGAUCACGCGACCAUCCAUCGACCGAAACGUUACCCGGAAUAUAAACACUGAUAGUGGGCAAAUAGGGGAGCGAUGGCAGACGAUUGGCCCCCGGUUACGGUGGAGGAGGUUCAAGACCCUUUGUAUUCGUUAACUCGCCCCCCUGAACCGACUCGGGCCCUCUCGUUACCCCCACAGCCACACGAGCUGUUGCCUAAUUAAACUAGUUUCGAACGAAAUUUUGAUAAAUUUAACUUCGGCAUGACGCCCUAUACAAGGUUUUUCAUUUUUAGUAAAGAGUUCAACUGUGUAGAUUGGGGCGUUCAUUUUAUGGUUAAGAGUACUACAUCAGGACAAGCUAUUUAGCCUCCUUCUCAAUUUUAAAUGAAAAUCAGACGUGUUUUAUCACGAGUUUUUGCUGAAAGAAAAAGAUGUUUCAAUUAAUAUAAGGGUACAUAUAUUUUCUAUUAACUGUAAGAGCAAAUUCUUUUUUUACGGGUUGCUACUUAUAUUUAUUGAGAAAGUAAGAAAUUACAUUGAUUUAUUCCUAUUUUCAUUGAAAAUUGCCCUAUAUCAUAUCACCUUCUUCAAAAUCUGCCAUAUUUGUAGUUUUACUCCCAAGCCAUUCUUAUUUUUAGGUUUAUUGACUAUUUGAUUUGUUAGUUCUUAUUACACCUCUUUUUUCCCUUGGUCCUCAUAAACGAUAGUUCUUGUUUUGCAUCUUCUUUAAUAGCCAUAUUUCUAAUGAUAUGUGAUAAUUUCACAGGGUAAUUUUCAAACCUAUUUAUGUGUUACAUAAAUGGUUUUGUUUUUUUAUCAAUAAGCCAAAGAAGAUAAAGUGUUGAAUUUUUUAGCAAAACACUACUGUUGGUUUGGAAUUAUGUCUUCUACAUUCGUCUUGUUUUACUUCUUCAGUAUAUUCUCAAUUCUUAUACUUUUAACUCUUUCUUCUAUUUUAUUACAAUCCGGUUGCUAUUUUCGUUUUUAAUUGUUCUUACCGUUUUCGUUCGAAAAAACGGUGUGCAAACCAGGUGGUUUUGCCUUUUGUCAAUAAUCCAUACAAUAGACUUUUUUUUUCAGCUGAAUGAAACUAUUGUUGAUUUUUAUUUAUAUUUCUUCUAUAUAUUUCGUCUUGGUUAUUUUAUCAACUUUUUGUUCUAUUAUAUUGCACUCGGUUAUGACCUGUUUCUAUUUUUAUUUUUAAAUUUUUCUCCUUGUAUUCAUUUAACGUUGGUUUAGGUUUUACUACUUCGACAAACCACAUAUUUCAAGAACGUAAAUGCUUCAAACAACGUGUGAGAUCGCAGACUCUUCUUCUCCUUCUUAUUUUUUGUUUUUUAUGAGCACUUCUUGUUUUAUUUUUUUCUACUAAUCUUCUGUCUCUUGAUUUUCUUGAUUUAAAAGACUUGAAGUUUUUUCAGCCUUUUCUCUUUGUUUACCUGUUCACGUAAUCGUUUCGUAUUGCUUUUCUUCGUAUCUUUGUUCUUCAUAGAUAUCUGUCAUUGUUUUGUUUCUUUGUCAAUUUGUUUCUUAACGAUUCAGAAGCCAUCUUUUCACUAUAAUACAGUCUUCUUACUUCCAACUUUUUCAAGAGAUUCUUCCAGCUACAACACAUUAGAUACAAUAAAACAUUAAUUUACAUAAAUAUGAACUAGUUGGAGUUUUCAAAAGAAUGUAAAUUUUAAUUUUUCUUCUUUACAUCUCUUUUAUACCUGUUUUUCAUAAGCGUUGCUUGAUUAUCCUUUUGAGAACAAAACUCAACUUUCUUUGUUUGACUAGUUAGAACUAUUAACAGAACACUAUUGUUGAAUUGUCUCUUCUAUUUUUCAUUCUUCCUCUAUUUCUGUGUUUCUUGUUUUACCUCUCCUUUUUCACUCUCUUCUUAACUUUCGUGAUUCAGAAGAAACAUUUUUCCUUGCGAAAUUUCCAAAGUUACUCUUCUUUUCGUUGGUUAACUAUUUAGGAUUUUUUCAGAUUGCUACUGUUAAUUUCGAUUUUUCUCUUGAGUUAUUUUUUCUUCUUUUUUUUCUUCUCCUUUUUCAUUCAUCUCUUCCUUUUCGUGAUUUUCACGGAUUCAAAAGAACCAAUGGUAGUAGAAAUUAUCCAAGAGCAUCUUAACUCAGCUUACGUUUACAAAAUAUAAAUAGCAGCCCUUCUACCACAUUUCAUUAUCGUUUCAAAAACAGUUAAUUUAAAUCAAAAUGGAAGCAAUACAGGGUAUUUGCCAAACUAGAAAUAUGCAUCUAGUUAAAAGGGCUAUUGUAGAUAAAAUAAGUCAACGUUAGGUUUAUACACAAGGUUAUAUACAAAUUAUCAAAAUUUCACGCUUCUAAAUAAAGUAGGCCUUUAAAAGCAAAAACAAAUGUAAGCUUGCUGUUUCAUGAGACAACUGCUAUCAGUAGUGAUCUCGAAUUUAUUUAGUAGUUUGCAAAAAACAAUGUAUUUGGCUAACAUUCCUCAUUAUCGUGGGGUCUCUUCUAAGAAGGGGAUUCUUGUAAUUAAUUUGAGCUUACUAUGCUCAUCGUUAUAAAUGAAUUGUUACAAAAAGUACGCCUAGAUAAAGUCAAGUAUCGCAACAUCGAAUUACCCAGUCUGCGAAAAAGCUUAAUUCUAUUUUCUUUUUGUAAAAAAUGUACACAUGUCUGUAUAGAAUAAUGUUAGAUAUACGUAUUUAAGCCACUUAAAUUAAUAUAAUAAAAAGUUAAUCAGAAUGUUAGUUCCUUAGUUCCAAGCAAGAAUAAGCAGCGAUGUGGGAUUUUAAAAGUUUACGUACAAAAUUAUCAAUAUCUAAUUGUAGCCGGAUGCGUGUUUGUAUGUGUUCUUUUAAAGUUACCUAAUAUUCUUGCUUCCUAACUGGCAAUAUUCCGAUAUCAAUAAACUAUUAAAUAUUACCAUGAAAAUUGGAGAACUGACAGUUAAGGAAUUUAACUCGAUAUAAGUGAAUAUUUUGUAUGCAUUGUAAUAUAUUGUAUAUACAUUUAAAUUUUAGAUGUUAUAUUAGGCAGAUUUUCAGCAGACUGGGUAGUUAAACAAUUUUUUUUUGGAAAACUCUCUGAUCCCCUGAAGUAUUUAAUUACUAAAACUGCAUAAGUUUAUUGUUUUCUUUUGAAAAGAGGUGAAGUAAUGAAGACAGAAUCGAUUUUAUCUCAUUUAAGUAUUUUAUAAUAAUCUUACUUUGUAUAAGAUAUUUAGUUUUGAAAACCUAUUGUCUGACUUAACUAAAAUAACUUAAACUGCUUGCAAGAAAAUAUUAUUUUUACUCUCUGAAUGAAAAAAAUAUCAAAAUGAAGAUUUUUGUUGAAAAACUCAAAUCAAGACAGACCCGACUGUCUUCGAAUGCCUUGGAAUAAAAAUAACUUACAUGAACAAUUAUUUUUAAACGUCUGAAGACAUAAAAAUAUGCAAGUAACUAAAAAGCGAUUUCUGAAAGUCAUAAAAAUUACGUGAAAUUCCUGGACUUAAAUUAAUAAAUAGACUUUAAAUGCUAGCAAGGAAUUCAAUACUUGGAGGUCUUAGGAAGACAUUUUUGAUGGUACAAUAUGGUAAAAUUGUGGAAGGAGCCGAAGAAAAUAACGCGUUCUCUAUUUUAGCUGAUUAAUCUCUAUAGGAGCGAAAAUAUAAAGUCCAGCUUAAAAACGCGCUAAAUUGAAAUAUCUCAAUUAACAGAUUUGGAAAUUAAAAGUCAACGUUUCUUAGUCUUUAAUAUAUGAUCCUCUUCAAGCAUUUACUUUAAACUUACAUAUAAAUUGUUUUUAAAUGCAGCUCAUUUAAUUGAAUGUAAACAGGUAAUUAAAACCAACCCAAAAGUAAAUUAUAUAGGGAUUUGUAAAUUGAUGUAUAUAGUUUAAAAUAGUUAAUAAGAGUAUGCGAUACCUUCUUAUAAUCAAAUUGUUAUAGCCAUAAAUGUUUCUGAGUAUAUAAUAAUGAGGGAAAAAAAGAAGUAUUCGACUAUGUAAUAACUGUUAGGUUUCGAUAUUUGACUUUGCCUAUUUCGCCCUUCUUUAUGUUCUUAUAAACGAGAAGACUGAAAAAUAGCUUUUAACAGGUUUGUCGCUAUCAGUUCAAAGGCAAGAGUGGGUUAAGCCGAAUUCAGUUUAAAAAAUAAAAAGAUGCCAUCGUUCCUCUAACGCCAUUGUGUCGUCGUGUUUCGUGUUAAUGAACUUAUUUUUUUAGUGACUGUUAAAUAGUUGUUGACUUUAAUAAAUAACCAAUUUUAAAAGGUACCUCUUUUCCAACAAUAUCAGCGCAACUUUGCUCCUCGACUGGUAAAACCGAACCUGUGCGGAGAACAGUUUCUAGCUUUAACAACGUUUCUUUACAUUAAAAUCAAGGUGAUAACGAUCAUUGCAUGCCAACAAAAGCCUUAAGACAACGUUGAAAUUGUUCCUCAGGAGUUAGUCGAUUGGUGAAGUUGUCCGCAAGAGGUCGCAAAACGCGCAUGCGUGAAUUAGUGAGUGAAAAAUCGUGAAAAAGUGAAAUUGACUAAAAAUAAUAAAUUAAACGGUUUUUAUAUCUUAGAUAAUAUAAUUCUUUAUAAAAUGAUUUUACAAACUUUACAAUAGCUUAUAGCAAAGAUUUUGUUCCAAACCAUGAGUUUAUUAGAUAAGUAUGUUCGCCCGUCACAAAACAAAAAAACCGCAACUAUUAGAUAAAUUAAUGUGUUUUACUCAAAAUGUUCAUACAUGUCAAUUUAUACUUUUAUUGGGGCACAUUUUUUGAAGUAGGUCCAAAAAGUUAGGAAUUUUUAAUGACUAUUAUUUGAAAUAUAUAAAAAAUUAAUGUUA